AUGACAGCUAGACAUCAUCGAGUGCUGAACGGAACCACAAAAUACAACAACGCUCUCGAACGCGGAACGAGUAUUGCCGAUACCAUGAGUAGAAAUGGAACUCGCGUUUUUGGAGAGAUGAUGGAAGCACUGGAGAAAUUUGAGGGGGUGGUCAAGGAUGGAGUAGCUCCGUUCGUCGAACGCGUAGACAUUGAACCGCUGCCGCAGUUGCUUUCGUUGACGUUUUCGUUCGAUAACGACGAUACUGCACGUGGUGAUACAAUCACAAGAGCCUCCUUCUCUACGGUGCGUUCAAAAUAUGACCAUAGUGAUGCGUCCUCAGACGAGCAACCUUCGACGCAGAGUGCAGCGAUUACUAAGGAAACCCAAACACAUCCAGACACCGAUCAGGUAGUGUUACUGUACCUCCAGUCACUGAGCAGGAAGUGCUGGGUACCUCCAGUUACAGGAAUGGCAAGUGGGCGGGCGCCAUUCAUGGAGAAUCGCAUGGUGGGAAACCGAGCACAACCAAGCGGGAUCAUCCCAGCAGUUCGUCUAACUCAUCUGGAUUCUUCGUCGUAUCUAAGAGCACCAAAAGCAGAGGGCGCCCAAAGCUGA